GUGAACUGUGCGGUUUUUGACACACUGUUUUCUGUUCCCCGGGGCCACAGUGUUUUCAACGGGACUCAACUUCGGCGUUCACUGGUCCCGCUAUGGUUGCUUGACCCGGGCUGAAACUCCAUCCGUCCGCUUCCAUCUUGCCCCGAAAACCAUUCGUACGAACUUUUCUGGAUAAACUUUUGGACUUGUUGGAUCAGUUUUAUGUCCAGAACUAAGGAUGCAACCCCCACCGAGAAAGGUAAGGCUCACCCAGGAGCUGAAGCACACUCAAGCCGAGCAGAUGAGCCAGUUACAGAUAAAACACCAGACAGAAUGUGACCUGCUGGAAGACCUGAGGACCUUCAGUCAGAAAAGGGCAGCGGUAGAGCGGGACUACGCCCAGGCUCUCCAGAAGUUGGCGAAUCAGUAUCUGAAGAGGGAAUGGCCGGAGAACGUUGCAGAAAAACCAGCAGAUCACAGGAACAUGUUCUGUGUGUGGAGAGCGUACCUGGAAGGCACCUUCCAGGCCACGCAGUCCAGACUCAGUGCCUGUGAUAACUACAAGCUCCAGGUCGCAGACGCAGCCAAGACGGCACGGCUGCAAAAGGAGCAGCAGCUCAGGAAGUGCAUCGAGCAGCUGACGGUGAUCCAGGCGGAGCUGCAGGACUCAGUGAAGGAGUUGAGCAAGAGCAGGAAGAAGUACCAGGAGGCUGAGACCAUGGCGCAGGCCGUCCGGGAGAAGACCGAGCUCGAGGCCAAGUCAAAGCUAAGUCUCUUCCAGUCUCGCUCCAGUCUGCAGAGGGCCAGUGUAAAGCUGAAAGCAAAGAGAAGUGAAUGCAACUCCAAAGCAACUCAUGCCAGAAACGACUAUCUUCUCACCCUGGCAGCCUCCAACGCUCACCUGCAGCGCUACUACAGCGCAGACCUCCAGGACUGCAUCAAGGUGUUAGACGGUCGAAUCUACGAACAGGUUAAAGAUUACCUGGUCUCGCUUUGUCACACUGAGCUGGAGACGCACCAGGCGGUGCACGACUCCUUCACCCAGCUGCUGAACAGCUCAGCCGGGCUUCUCCAGGAGUUUCACCAGCAGACGUUUGUGCAGAAGAAUCUUGUGUUUCAACAAGCCUCAGAUUUCCUGUAUCAGCCUGUUGACUCAGACAAGGUGAUGGAGCUGCAGAAAGAGAGCGGAACGGCCGAGGAGCACAGCCUGGAUAAAGAGGCGAGGAAGUGGGCGAGCCGCGUAGCACGAGAGUACAAAAGCAUUAUCCACACACAGAGGGCCCUGGAGGAGUACGGAAAUCAGGAUACGUCUGAGCAGAGCGGCGGCGAGGUGGAGAUCAAGAUGGAGGUGGCCCGGCAGAGUCUUCGGCGGUCAGAGACUGUGAAAGUGAAGGCUGAGGCCCGAUUGGACCUCCUGCGGCAGGCGGGAGUUGCCGUGGAAACGUGGCUGAAGAGCGCAAUGAACCAGGUGAUGGAGGAACUGGAGAACGAGCGCUGGAACAACCUCAAUACCCAUGAUCCUUCACUUUCCGGAACAGCUGAUCUGGAGCGGGAAGACGAGGAGGAGACGGAGGACAGCGGUGAGGUGUUGGACGACAGCAGUUCCAGUCCCUCCAGCACCCUGAAGAACUAUCCGCUCACCUGCAAAGUGCUUUACUCCUACAAGGCGUCUCAGCCAGAUGAACUAACCAUUGAGGAGCAGGAGAUCCUGGAGGUCAUCGAUGAUGGAGAUAUGGAGGACUGGCUCAAGGCCAGAAACCGCAGUGGACAGGUUGGUUAUGUCCCAGAGAAAUACCUGCAGCUGCCGUCCUCCAACAGCCUGCUGAGCAUGCUGCAGUCGCUGGCCUCGCUGGACGCCCGCUCCCACUCCUCCAGCAACUCCACCGAACCCGAGACCGAACUGCCCACCAGCUCCGUCAACGGAGACUCCAGUGUGUCGUUUGCGAAGGCUCUGUACGACUACGCGGGUCAAACGGCCGAAGAACUUUCGUUCCCCGAAGGCGCCAUCAUCCUCAUCCUGAGCAGAGAGACUCAUGAGGACGACGGUUUCUGGGAGGGGGAGUUCAAUGGCGCCGUCGGCGUCUUUCCUGCCGUCCUGGUGGAAGAUCUCACUGGAGUCAUCGAAAACGGAGAUGGACAGAAAGAAGGCGGCGCGCAGGCUUCUCCCUCGGCCGCGGCUCAGAGCGACCGCUCCCCCUGCAGUCCCUUCCAAGCGGUGCCUCUCCACAGCAGCCCCCUGCAGACUCCCACCGCCGCCUCUCCCGGGUCCAGUCCGUGCAGCGCUGCCGCCUCUCCCAUCGGCCGGCCGCCAUCUUACCACAACGGACACCACCGACCUCCGCCGGCGCCGCACAAGAGCCCGUAUCACAGUCCAGUUCAAGGAUCCCCUCAACCUCCUAAAUACCAAGAGAGCGGCGCCGGCAGCAUCAGACCUGUCCGUGCAGCUCCUCCUCCCCCAAAGCAGCAUCCUCGCGGCCAGGUGAAGCGCCGGGAGGAGGUGGAGAUCACGCUAGUGUGAAACUGCUCUAACACCGACACCCCCAAAUAAACCGGAGGACGCUUAACGCCCCGAGAGAGCCUGGAGACGUCUGGAACCUCAGAGGGUCGGAAUAAUGUGCCUUUAUCGUCUGUUUUUCCUGCUCAGUUAACGCAAACGAGGAUCACCUGCUUUAUCUGCAUCUGGAAUAUUUACAUUACCAAAAAAAAUGACAUUUUCUCCUAGUAAAUUAAGGGAAGCUUACAGAAAAGGGAACAACUCGUAGUCAGCAGAGUGGAUUGCACUUUAAGGAACAUUUUUGAAGCCACGUUGACUUCCUGGAGGUGAUUAGCUCCACAUAAUUUACUGAUUUUCAGCAAGUUUGGCCUCAUUUAAACCGGUUCACGUUAAAUUUACAAUUUCAAAUUUACCCUAAAGCUCAUUAAGAAAACAAAUUUAACUCCAUAAUGUUAAUUAUGUUUUUUCUUUUCACUUUUAAUAAUUAAAAUUCUUGAUUAUGAUGAUAUGUAAUUUAAAUUUGCGUCCUCAUCUUGUGUCUAGAAGUGCGCUGUCGCUUUUAGAUUCAGCACAUAAAGUCCAGUUAAAACGUUGAAAUUCAUAAUUAAAAAUGUGGCUUAGUUGCAGGUGUUAAGAUUUUUGUACAGUGUAACAGAAAAUCUUAUCUUCUCUCAUUAUAAUGAUUCAUUUUAUUUUCUAAUUUCUUUAAAAAAUGUAAGCAUUUAAAUGCCAGCAUGGAAAUUAAUGCAAAAACAGUUUCUCGUUAAAACGGCAGUUUUCUCAUUGUAAAAAUAGAAAAUAUAUUAAAACAGAGUUUUUUUUUGUUAAAACAAGAAAAAUGUUAAAACAGAA